AUGGUUAGAAAGCACGCAGAUUGGUGGGCUGCCAUGGAUUGCCUCGGCGCCUCCAACAAGAAUCCCUUCGCCUUCCCCUCCUCCUACUCCUUCCCCCCCUUCUUCACCCGCCAACCCAACACCUCCACCCACCACGCCCAACUCCAAAAAUGGUCCUCCCUAGUCCAAGCCUACUGUCGGCACCACCGACUCUUCAAGCUCUCACUCACCGACUCCCUCGAUAGCGACCUAUUCCACAACAAGAAGAUCGGGAAGCGGCUAGGGCGGGAAGAUGCCAGGGAGGUGGUGGAGUUUAUGCGGAAGGAAGGGAGGGCCGAGUGGGUUGUUGAUGAUAAGGGGAAGACGAGGGGUGCUGGGGAGGGAGGAGAGUUUUGGGUGUGGUGGAGGAAUGUGGAGGAGUGGGCGGGGUUGAUUGCUGAAUGGGUUGAUGAGACGGCGCAGAAGAAUACGGUGUUGACGCUUUAUGAGUUGACGGAGAGUGAGGCGACGUUAUCACAAGAAUUCCAUGGCAUGGAUCCGGAACUAUUACAAAAGGCGUUGAGUGUUCUUGUGAAACGAGGAAAGGCACAAGUCUUUGGCCAGGAGGAUCAACAGGGAGUCAAGUUUUUCUAG